GGAGCCGCAGGCAGGCCGGGGCGCAGGUGCUGCAGAGCGGGGGCCGGAAGGAGCAGAGCGCGGGCAAGCCCGGACUGAGGCGAGCCGAGGUUGAGGGGCCCGAGCUGAGCGCGAGGCCGGACCGCGGCGGCAGCAGCUGCGGAGGUAGAGGCAUCCCAGCUCGGGGUCGGCCCUCCGGGAGCUCGCGGCGGCCGGGGCCCCCGCUCGGGGUGUUGGGUCCGCGCCCUCCCCGCUGACGGCUCCAAAGCCCAGCUUGGCCGAAGGAAGGCCCCGUGUGAGUCCCGUGUGCAGACAGGAGGGCCGGACUGCUUCGGAGCCCGCUCAUUUGCGCCGCAGCCUCCCUGGGGGUUCCGGAACGAGACUAAAGCCAUGGCCGAGGCGGCCCCUGCUCCGUCUCAGGAAUGGGACACCAGCAUACAGCACCCAGCGCCUCCAGCGUCUCCUACUGUCCCUCAGCGAGAAGCCCAGAUCCAGUCAGCUGAGAUCUCACUGCUGGCUAUCCUGGCUUCCAUUCAGGCUGUGGAGCAGAAGGUAGAGUCCCAGGCUGCCCGCUUACAGACCCUGGAGGGGCGGACAGGGACAGCGGAGAAGAAGUUGGUUGAUUGUGAGAAGACAGCAGUGGAGUUUGGAAACCAGCUAGAGGGCAAAUGGGCUGUGCUGGGCACCCUGCUCCAGGAGUAUGGGCUACUCCAGAGGAGACUAGAGAAUAUGGAGAACCUGCUCAGAAACAGGAACUUCUGGAUCCUGCGGCUCCCCCCAGGCAGCAAGGGCGAGGUCCCCAAGGUACCUGUGAUUAUUGAAGAUGUGGCUGUGUAUUUCUCAGAGCAGGAGUGGGGGAACCUGGAUGAGUGGCAGAAGGAGCUCUACAAACAUGUGAUGAGAGGAAACUAUGAAACAUUGGUGUCCUUGGAUUAUGCCAUCUCUAAGCCAGAUCUCUUAUCCCGCAUUGAGCAAGGGGAAGAGCCAUGUAGCCAAGAGCUCUCGAACACAGAGGAAAGAGAGAACCCAGCCCAUCCCAGUGCUG